AUGCCAUCCGGGCCCUCCACUUACGCUCCACCCCUCACGCUGCACAUUCACAUAGUUCUGUCUCUCUCACUCCCUCUCAACCGUCAGAUAUUCCUCAUCCAACGGCCAGGAUCCAAGGCACGAGGCAGCAUACGAUGCGUUCAUGACUGGAGUGGUGUUCGCACAAGCCUGCCACCUCCUCGGUCUCCCCCCCCCACUGCCUCUCCUCCCUCCCCUUCGCCUUGGGUCUCACUGUUUCUUCCCCCCCUAUCCCGUCCCCCACCAACUCCCAAAUCCCCUCCACCCAUCUUGACCGUCAGAUAUUCCGCAUCCAACGGCCAGGAUCCGAGGCACGAGGCAGCAUACGAUGCGUUCAUGACAGGAGUGGUGUUCGCCCAAGCCUGCCACCGCCUUGGACUCUCCCCCCACCGCCUCUCCUCCCUCCCCCCUGCCGCUUCUGCUGCUGCUGCCGCUGCAAGGGAGGAGGCAGGGAGGUGGAGAGAGGAGAGGAGAGGGAGACGGGGAGAAGGAGAAGGGGAGGGAGACGGGGUGGGGAGAGGUGAGUUUGGGAGAGAGGGGGAAGGGAGGAGAUGGGUGGUGGAGAGGUGGAGGCGAGGAGAGGGGGCUGUCAGUGGUGGGAGGAUAGGGACUGACAGGGAGCACAGUGAAGAGAGCAGCGAUGGAAGCGCAGUCGUGGCAGAAACGCCUACACGUCUGCGCUUCCUCCUGCGGGGGGCCCUGGGCCGUAACACUCCCUUGGAGCUCGAACCAGUUGAUAGUGGCGCUGCUUUGGUGCGGUUUGGGAGUGGCAAGCAGAGGGACGUGGAAAAUCUGGGUAAGGUGAUGGAGAGUUUGGGGCGAGCACUUUUGGGAGGAGCGGGGAAUGGGAGAGGUGGUGGUGGUGGUGGUGGCGGCGGCGGCAGUGGUGGCGGUGGUGGUGGUGGGAGGAUGGGAGCUGGAGGGGAGAGAUUGGGAGAGAGGGAAGUGGUUGCGAGGGAUAUGGUUUCGCUUGGGAUUCGUGCCGCCCCGUUCUCUGCGUUUGUCACCUUGUGCGAGUCUACUGUUCCGUUUUUGUCCGCCAGUGAGGGCGCGGAUGUGCUCAGGUUGGAGGAGUAUCUUGUGUCUGCCACCCAGAGAUCCCCGACUAGUGCACCUGCUGCCAAAACUAGCCGACCCAGCAGGAAAGAAGGGCAAGGAGCAAGAGAGGUCAAGAUGGCUGUAGGCGAUAGUGCUAUUUGUGCCAAGGUGUUGGGACUCACGCCUGUCAAAUCCGUCCCGACGGUCGCCGCUAAAGAAAGCGCGACAUUAUUCAAUGGACUCAAGGCUACUAAAACGAACAAGUCUGCCGCGAAGCAGAAGCUCAAGGGUACCGCUAGGGCUGCUCCUGUGCCUGCAUCGCGUCCCUCUACCGCGGUUCGCGCCGCUAUUGCCGAGGACAUCAACACGGACUUUGAGGUGGCCGACAUGACCAUGCCGCAGGGCGGCAGCUGGUCCGUGCACAAGUUCGGCGGCACGUGCGUGGGAUCCGCCGAGCGAAUCCUCAACGUCGCACGCAUCGUCGCCAGCGACCCCGCGGAGCGUCGCUUCGUCGUCGUGUCGGCCAUGGGCGGCACUCCCAAGGUCACCAACAUUCUGUACUCGUUAUUGGACAAGGCGGCCGCGAAAGACUCGAGCGGGUGGGCGGAGCUUAUAGCGCAGCUGCGCGAGAAGCACCGCGCGGCAGCGGCGGAGCUGCUGGGGGAGGAGGACGAGGAGACGAAGAAGAUCCUGGAGCGCAUCGACGAGGACCUGAUCAACCUUAAAGCCAUGCUCAAAGCCAUCUCCAUCGCGGGGACCUCGACGGAGAUCUUCACGGACUUCAUCGUGGGGCACGGCGAGCUCUGGUCCGCCAUGAUCCUCACCGCCACGCUGCAGAAGGUGACGGGCAAGAAGGUGGCGUUCAUGGAUGCGCGCGACGUGCUCGUGGUGCACCCAGCAGAGGGCGGCAAUCAGGUGGACCCCAACUACGAGCGCUGUGAGGAGAACCUUCACGCCUGGUACGCUGCCAGGGGCGAUGACGGGCACUACGAGGGCGGGGGCCCGGACCUGGUGGUGGCGACGGGGUUCAUUGCGCGCACCGAGGACGGCGUGCCCACCACGCUCAAGAGGGACGGCAGUGACCUGUCUGCGGCCAUCUUUGGGUCGCUGCUGCGCGCUGGGAGAGUGAUCAUCUGGACGGACGUGGAUGGCGUGUACUCCGCUGACCCCCGGAAAGUGCCUGAUGCUGUGAUUCUCAAGAACCUCUCCUACCAAGAGGCGUGGGAGCUGUCUUAUUUUGGAGCCAACGUCCUCCACCCGCGCACCACCCUGCCGGUGAUGAAGUACGCCAUCCCCAUGUUCAUCCGCAACGCCUUCAACCCCACGGCGCCCGGCACGCGCAUUGGCCGCUCCCACGACGCCUUCUCGGACGAGGAGCACGAGGCGGCGCACAACGAGCUGCUGGAGGAGGGCACAGAUCCGCUGGACGCCGUCGUCAAGGGCUUCGCUACCAUUGAGAACGUGGCGCUCGUCAACGUGGCUGGCACGGGCAUGGCAGGAGUCCCGGGUAUCGCGAGUCAGAUCUUCAACUCAGUCAAGAACGUGGGGGCCAACGUCAUCGCCAUCUCGCAGGCCUCCUCCGAGCACUCCGUCUGCUUCGCCGUCCCAGAACCCGAGGCCGACAUGGUCGCCGCGGCCCUGCGCACCACCUUCCGCCGCGCAAUCGAAUCAAAUCGCGUGCACGAUAUCGAAGUCAUCCCGCACUGCACAGUCCUCGCAGCCGUCGGGCAGCGCAUGGCCAGCACUCCGGGGGUCUCGGCUGCUCUCUUCGCGGCGCUGGCCAAGGCGCGGGUGAACGUGCGUGCGAUUGCGCAGGGGUGCUCCGAGUAUAAUAUCACUGUCGUGGUCGAUCGGAGUGAUGCGGUGGCGGCGCUGCGGGCGGCGCACGGGCGGUUCUACCACUCGCAGAUUCCACUGGCGGUGGCUCUGAUUGGCCCGGGGCUGAUUGGGGGCACGCUGCUGGAUCAGAUCAGGGACCAGCGGGCGAGCCUGAAGAAGGAGUUCAAUAUUGAUAUGCGUGUGGUGGGCAUCAUCGGGGCGAACAGGAUGCUGAUCGAUAACAGGGGUGUACACCUGAGCAACUGGCGGGAGGAGUUGGAGAGCAGAGGCGAGGCAGCAGACAUGGUGGCAUUUGAAGCCUCUCUGAUGGACGGGCAUCACGGGCUGCCCAACACGGUGGUGGUGGACUGCACUGCCAGCAGCGAGGUGGCGGACAAAUACCCCACGUGGCUCGCUGAGGGGCUUCAUGUCGUCACGCCCAACAAGAAGGCCAACUCGGGGCCUCUCAAAGAGUACUUGAAGAUCCGUCAGUUGCAGCGCGAGCUCUGCACGCACUACCUGUAUGAGGCCACCGUGGGGGCCGGGCUGCCCAUCGUGGCGACGCUCAAGGGACUUCUGGACACGGGUGACCACAUCCACCGCAUCGAAGGCAUCUUCAGUGGCACGCUGAGUUACAUCUUCAACAGCUUCGACGGUAGCAAGCCAUUCUCGCAGAUCGUGGCAGAGGCUCGCGCCAACGGGUUCACGGAGCCUGAUCCCAGGGACGACCUGGAGGGCAUGGAUGUGGCAAGGAAGGUGGUCAUCUUGGCUCGGGAGUGUGGCCUUCGCCUCGAGCUGGACCAAGUGCCCAUCCAAAGCCUUGUGCCCGAGGCUCUCCAGCACGUGGGCAGUGUGGACGAGUUCAUGCAGCGGCUGCCUGAAUUCGACGAUGAGAUGGAGGCCAAGAGAAAGGCGGCUGAGGAGAUGGGCGAGGUCCUGCGCUAUGUAGGCGUGGUGGACAUGGACAAGAGAGAAGGCCGCGUGGAGCUGCGCCAGUACCCGCGCACACACGCCUUCACGCAGCUAGUGGGUUCAGACAACAUCAUCUCUUUCGUCACCUACCGAUACAACGUGCAGCCCCUCAUUGUGCGCGGCCCUGGUGCCGGCGCCGAGGUCACUGCAGGGGGUGUGUUCAGUGACCUUCUGCGCCUUGCUGCCUUCCUUGGCGCCCCCUCUUAA